GUGCGAAAUCGGGUGGUAAAAUUGGUAGUUAAUUGAAAAAAAACCUAGUUUUUAAAAUGUAUUAUUUUCCGGUGUAUUAUUCCUGCAAUGAAGUUCUUUUAAAUGUUGGCAUUAAAUAGCUCAAUAUAUAUUAAAAAGUUAACUUUCGCGAAUUACAUAUUUUUCUAUUAUUUGAAACGUUUUAAUUGUACAAAUUUGACCAAUCAAAAAUUGUGUGUCAAGGUUGUUAUUUUUGAAUAAAAAAGUAAGGAUAAAUACCAAUAAAUUACAUAUGCACUUUUCAACACUUAAAAAAGAUAAAAGACCAGAGUUUCUGUCAGACUACAAAAAAACAACUCUGACAAUUCUGACAUUUCAAUUAAGUUGUCAACCGAUUAAAGCAGAAAAACCAUUGAAAAAUAUCUUCCUAAACAUGGACAAAAAACCGAAUUACAAGGUGACCGAACGCGACUUGGACAUCCGGUCGGAUCUGGAGUUUGUGGACAGCCUGGUAAAGGAUCUUCGUUUGGAGGUGGAACCACAAGCUCGUGGCGUGAUUCUAGAUUUGGCUUACACUUUGGCCAGGGACAAACUGGUGGAGGCGCAACGCUUCGCCAAGCUGGCCAAUCGCUCCAACGUGAGUGUCGAGGAUCUGGAGAUGGCGGACCUGGAGCGCACCGACGAGCUGAUGAGGCGACCCCGCCAGCAGUCGCUGAAGAACCUGCUUCCCGCCCAAGCAUCCCUGCCCUCGCCCAGUCUGACCCGUGGCCUAAUGCUGCCCACCUUGCGCCACUGUCAAGUGGGCAUGACCGCCGAGCUGAAAGGCAAGGGCACUGAGCCCCAACCACAACCACAACCACAACCCCAAGCUCAACCACAAGUCCAAGCCCAACCACAAGUCCAAGUUCAACCACAAGUCCAAGUCCAACCGAACCCGAGGAUUGGGCUGACCCCUAAUCCUGUGGCACCUGCUGCCGCAGUUUUGGUCAUGGCACCUGCGGGUCGUAUGGCUGCACGUUCCCAAUCUCGUCCGAGUCGUCCUUUUUCGACUCUUCCAAUCAUAAGUUCCACCUCGGCAGUGGUGACCUCUACUCCUGGAGCUCGACCCAGUGGCAAUCCGGCAGGCGUGGCUUCCUUAACUCCGAUGGCUGCCAGCAGAAGACCUAUGACGCCAUUUAAGCCAAGUUCUUCGGCGAUUAACGCACCUGGACCUUCAGGAGCAAAUCCACCAAACAAAAAACCACGCAUGCUAAAUUAAAAUCGAUAUAAAGGAGGACGCAGAACACUUAAUAUACUUUGAUUAGAUGGACGGCCUAAAAUAGCGAAAAAUAUAUCGACUUAAUAUUAA